AUGAUGACAGAUAAUAACCAAGAUUCUUUUCCCUUUUCUCUCUAUUAUGGAAUUGAGCAAGAUUCCACUUGGAAGAUGGUUUCCGGCGUUGCUUCUGCUGGAUGGACUGAGUACUCGUUUUCUGACAGCACUUGGACGGAUGUUCCUCUUGGCUCUGAGACUACAGUUGAAUCUGGUACUCAAUAUUUCCGUAAGCAGUUCGUGGGUCUUUCAGAUAUGGCUGCUUAUGAUGUGCGGCUGUACUACAAGGCUGGAGUGAUUGCCUAUAUCAAUGGAAUUGAGGUCUACCGCGACAAUCUGCCUGAUGGAGCUGUUUCUUCGACCACUGCUGCGACUGGAGAAUAUACUGAGAUUGCCUAUCGUGGAUUCAUCCGUCCUGGAUCUGAAGUGGCUUCACAACAAUCGAUUCUGGCUGUGGAGCUCCAUUUCAAUUCUACACAAACUAUUGUUGAUUUCAAUGCCUAUCUUGCUAUUCUGGCUACCUCUACUACUGAAGGCAAUUGUUUUAUUUAUGCUGAAUCUACUUAUGUGACUUCGAACGGUGGCUCAAGUGUUGCCAAUAUCUUUGAUUUCGUUAAGUCAAGUUAUUAUCAGGCUAGCUCUUCAUCCCUUCCUGCUACUGUAACCUACUCCUUUGAAGGACCAAGACCCUACAUUAACUCCCUCCGUGUUUGGCCUUAUACGUCCAUUACAUCUGCUCCUAGCACAUUCUCUUGGCAAGGAUCGAAUGAUAAUUCGCAAUGGACAACUGUGUUUACUGUAUCCGAUGCUACUUAUGAAACCAAGGUUUACCAAAUCUUUGGUGGUUAUUUCUAUGCUUCGCUUUACCCGCACUAUCGUCUCAAUAUUGUUAGUAGCAGUGGUACUAAUUAUGUUUAUGCAUAUGAAGUCCAACCCUUGAUUUGCUCUACAUCCAUUCCAACCUCUAUCACAUUCACUCCUGACUCAUACACCUUUUUGGCAAGAUUUGAAAUGGUGUAUGUCCAGCCUGAUAUUUCCGAGUUUACUUCAUGUUCAGCUCAGAACCUUCCUGAGGGUCUUUCAAUUGAUUCUGUUACUUGUGUAAUUUCUGGAGUUGCAGAUACGGCUGUUUCUGAUUUGACGAUCACUGUUACUUCUGUUAUGAAUAACAAUACAUACACUGGAUCGUUUACUCUUAAUAUCCAGGAAUGUUCUGGUACAGUACUGAACAUUCUACGUACCUAUGGAUCCAAUGCUGCUAAGGAGAGUUUCGAAAUUAAGGAUACUUCAACCCAGCAAACAAUCAUAUCUGUUGCUGCCAACUCUGGUCAGGUUAGUAAUGAAGAUUGGACCCAUGUUGUUUGCGUUACUGGAUCAAAGUAUGCAGUUACUGUAGGAUCCGAAAACAGUUAUUGGAGCGCUGCUUCCUUUCUGUAUGUCCGUGCUGUUCUCUAUGGUGAUGAAAUGGAAACGAUUCUUCGUGUGAGAUAUGAUUCGAGAGUCGGUUUCCCUUCAUCUCGUACGUUUAAUGCUCAAUAUUCCAUUCUUCCCCAUUCCAACUGGUAUUACAAGCAUGGUGAAGUUCCUACUGAUUGGUAUUCAUCAACUUCCACUACUGGAUGGACUGAGGGAAAUACCAGCAACUUCCCCGACUCUACCAACCAGAUCCAGCUGUACAAGAAGACAUUCACUGUUGCGGACAUCAACAACAUUGCUGGAUUCGUUCUUUCCAUCAAGUACAAGUAUGGAUGCAUUGUCUAUCUGAAUGGACAUGAAGCGUUCAGAAAGGGAUUGACGGAUGCAACGAUCAGUACUUCGAGUUAUGCUGACAACAUUUACACGGAUACUCUCUUUCACCAGAUUUCUCUUCCCAUCAAGACGGUUCAAGUUGGAGAGACCACUGCUGUGAACUACAUCCAACAGGGAUCGAAUACCAUUGCUAUUGGACUCGUUGCUGCCAAUGCAAACCAGAAGGAAGCGAUCUUCGAUGGUGCCAUUCGAUUGAUGGGCGACACGACCACAUCUCGUGUCUUUGACUACACUGUUACCUACAGUGGAUUGGAUGGAGAUGUAUCUGAAUGUUUUGAGCAAUACUAUGCAUAUGAAGUCGAGCCAUCAUCAUACACGACUAAUUAUUUGAAUAUUGCGUUCAACAACGAUCGUCAAGAAUGGAUCAACUCUGUGACUAUCAAGGCAUACUACAGACAGAUUAGAGCACAGCCUCGUGAGUUUGUGCUAAAGGCUCGAAGUGGAAAUGAUGCAUGGACCACGUUGACAACCGUGACUGAGCUUACUUGGUCUCAAGUUGGUCAGGCUCAAAUCAUCUAUUUCCAGAAUAAUAAGGCAUACAACGAAUAUCGUUUUGAAAAUAUUGCCACAGGUGAUUUUCUACAAGAAUACUGGGUGUUCAAUACCUUGGAUAUGAGUUCAGUGUACACAACGAUGACAAUUCCUGAACUUGUCUAUGAUGAUAUUACCAUUUUCAAGGAUAUUGAAAUGGGAGAAGUCUAUCCGAACUCUCCGUAUUACUACAAUUUCCAGAUCAGCCCCAGUCUUCCUGCUGGAAUUUCUCUUGACCCGAACACUGGCAUGAUUUCUGGAACUGCUACCGCUCUAAAGAUAUCUACAACCUAUACCAUCACUGCCAGCAAACUUAGUGGAGGCACUUCCUCUGUUUCUUUUUCGCUUUCUGUUGAAGUUUGCACUGGGAGCCGAUCAUUGAUUACUUUAGUGGCUCGCACUGAUAGCUACCCAAGCGAAGGUUCUUACAAUAUCUAUCAGGGAAUUGGUACAAGUGGAACUGUUGUCGCUUCUAUAGAUAGUUUUAUUACUGGUAGUAGCUUGAAUUAUGGAGAUUUCUGUCUGGAGAAUGAUAUCUACACUAUUCAAUUACUUGAUUCUGGAGGGGAUGGCUGGUUUAAUCCUGCUGGGUAUUAUCUGACCGUGGAUAUGGGUGCAAUGAUUUUUGAAAUGGGACAGCUCCCUGCGAGCACUCAUUCCGUAAGCACAAUGUUUUCUUCAUAUCUUCCGUUCCAGAUUGAGUAUACCGAAUGGAAGGUCAACUAUGAUUGGGUGGAGAAUUGGAAUACUGUUGACUUUGAUGACUCUGAUUGGGAAUCUAAGAAGGCGAGUCUGAUUGGAACGAAUAGUAAAAUAACCACCUACAUUCGUAAAGAAGUAAACAUUCCAGAUAUUGGCAACUACCAUGUGCUCAAUAUUCGUGUGAAAUACACUGGAGGUGUUGUCGCCUACUUUAAUGGAUUCAAAGUGGCUCGUUUUAAUAUUGGGGAAAUCUUCGAUUCGGAGACGAUGUCAUUUACCCUCCAUGAUGAAAAUGAAUUUUCCAUGUUCCACAUAAUUAUGACGAAUGUUGUUGGAAGAACGGGAAAGAACAUGAUGGCUUUUGAAAUUCAUCGUCCUAUGGAUCAGUCAUCGUCAAAUCCGAUUGUGUUCGAUGCUACCGGAGUGUUUGGAGUGAAUGAGUGUUCGAUUGUUGUGGACACUUACUCAUCAAUCGAUGGUUCGGAGGUUAGUUUAUGCUCUAUUGAAGAACUAUUUGAUUUGAAUCCCACAACUUACGGAUAUCAGACAAACGUUAUGGGAACCUAUCUUGAAUGGGCGGUGGAAAACUUGGAAGGAACCAAGUUCAAUAGUUUUGCUAUGCAAACCGUUUAUUCUCGUAGUGAGUAUGGAUUCUCUCUCUAUGGUCGCAGAAAUACAUUUGACGAUUAUAUCACAGCAGUUGAGACGGUUGAUCAAACUAUUCAGGCACUAAGUCGCAAUGCUUGGUCUGCUCCCCUGGGUACUACUGGAUUCAAGCAGCUUCGAUUUGAAGUGGAUGCCGCUGCAUCAAGCAUAGUCUAUGUGAGUUCCUACAUGCUUCAGUACUGUAAAGUGAGUGGAAGUGGGUCAUGUCCUGGAAUUGGUGAAUACCCUUCUGUGGGAGAAGGAGAGAUUUCACCUGGUAGUUGCGAAAAGGGAUAUCGAGGCUAUUCUUAUCGUACUUGUUCCAAUGGUCAAUUGGGAGAGAUUGACUACAGACAUUGCAUUCAGCUCGAACCUAAAAAUCUGGCAUAUGAGCACAAUGAAUACAAUCUGACAUUAGAUAUUGCGAUAUCCAUUGCUCCACCUGCAUAUGAAAAUAUUAUUGAAGAGUUUUAUUUGGCCGAAAAUAACCAUCUGCCUCUUGGGCUUACGCUAAACCCGAUAUCUGGAGAGAUUGUUGGAACUCCGGUAAUGGAUAUCGGAAAGUCAAAUUGUACAAUCUUUGGAAAGAAUCAAGUGGGUAUUGUGUCUACGACGCUCCUAUUCAAUGUCCAAAGAGGAAGAUGUGAAGAAGAUGGCCACUUCCCAAUGACUUAUGUUGGAAAAGUGGCUGUUUAUGAAUGCGCAUCGGAUGGUCUAUAUAUUGGAACACAGAAAAGAGCCUGCAAGCUUGGCGAAAAGGGUGGCGAAUGGCAAAGAACGAGUGGGUUCUGUAUUUCGAUUAUUUUCUUAAUUGUACUGGUAGUAGUUGUUGUUGUGGUUAUUGUGGUUAUUGCGCUUAUUAUAGUUUGUGUGAAGAGAAGUAAAAAACAGCAAAAUACCAAAAGAAAAUCUGUUUCUAAAAAGGGAAGUGUGAAAAAGGAUAUGAAUGUCUAA